AUGUCACUGCAUCGCGGCCCUGGCCUGGCUGCCCUCUCAAGGCACUCCACUUCUUCUCAAGCCUAUUCGGCACUCUCAUCGCAACUCACCACGCAACAGCUGUCGGAUCUGCGCUCCCAGCUUGAGACCUUUUCUUCAGCCCUGCGGUCUUUCGCCAAGACCCACCGCAAUGAGAUCCUCAAGAACCCCGAGUUCAGGGGCGAGUUUCAAAGGAUGUGUGCCAAUAUUGGAGUCGAUCCGCUGGGUGGAGCUGGCCCUUCCAGAGUGAGUGGCAGCAGCGGCAAGAUCGCUGGCAUCUGGAACGACUUGUUGGGGCUGGGAGACUUCAACUACGAGCUGGGGGUCCAGGUCGUCGACGUGUGCAUCUCUACGCGCGAGCUGAACGGCGGCGUCAUUGAAAUGGACGAGCUCAUACGCAGGAUUAAAAAGUUGCGGGCAGGUGGGCGCAGGAGACAGAAUCCGGUCGAAGAGGCAGGCACAAGUAUCUCCGAAGAGGACGUUGUGCGCUCGAUCAAGACGCUCUCCCCACUUGGCAGCGGUUAUCAGGUAGUGGCUCUGUCUACUGCACCGAAUGCACCGAAGAUCGUACGGUCCCUACCCGGAGAGCUCUCACUAGACUCGACACUGCUCCUGUCUCUCCUUGCUUGCCCUGCCUGUCCGCGCGAUACCCUCGGCUCGGGAUACGCCUAUCUCACCGAGGACUAUGUUGCACUGCCACGCGACGCAGAGGAGCCAAGGAAACCGCGAUGGUCGCGGCAGAGGGCUAGGAAUGCUCUCGAGUGCAUGGCCCGAGACGAAGGCACACUCUGGGUCGAUUCGUACCAGGGUCAAUUAGCGUAUUUCUCCUUGUCCGUAGGAGCGCGGUCUUUGUGA